GUGUGCAUAAAGAGACAUAUCACGGCCCACUGAUUGUUACGAACCGCACGUACAAAACCCGUACGGAACGGGUUACGAGGAUCAACUUGAUACCGUAUGGAAAACAGGAAGGAUUUUGGCGGCCGGUGAGCAAUACCGCGCGUGUGCGCUCACCCUGCAGCAGUAUAUAUGACAAAGUGGGGAAUGCGUUAGGUGUCAUCUGUGAUAUCAGAGCGGUUAUUACAGCAGUACCCCAGUGUUAGCCAGCACCAACAUGCCAGCCGGUAUGUAUUCCCGUAACGCCCCACCGCUUGAACCCCCGCGCAGCUACGGUGCCAACUGGACCGCGCCCAGCACCGAUGGCAAUUCCGACCUCCAGUCAUCCGUCGAAGAACGCAUCCGCGUCCCAGCCGAAUGCCCACUGGAACGUUCGCGCACCGAAAUCGACCUGCGAGCCGCCACCGACCGCAGUGACCUUAACAGUGAACCACUCAGCACCACCGUGGACGAAGCGGUGCACCGCGCCCUGUCUCCCAUCCACGAGCGCUUCCAUGGACAUGUCCAGGGUAAAGCGGAUGUCGAGAAACUGGUCCAGGAAGUGAAGCGGACCGGGUCCACGGUGCAGAGCGUGGAUAUGGCGGCGCGCACCCGCACCCGCAUGGCGGCCAAUGAUUACGCCUACCGGCGCUAUCAGUCGGCGGCGGCCGGGAUCAAUCAGAUUCCGGUGGAAAAGCCGCGGAGGAGGAUCCCACGGGAGAGCCGUCCCAUAGAAAGGGACAGUGCAAAACACUACACCAGUUCGUAUCGCAUAGAGAUGCAGAAUCCACCACCGGGCCCAUCCGGCGGCGUAGUGGCGGAGCGGAGCCGGUUUUUCAAUAAUUUACCGGGAAUGCGAAAAGAGUACGCUGUGCGUCGCUGAAAGCAGGCGUUUUCAUGAUAAAUCGACAGAUUUUCUAGCAAACGGAGCAUCACAUAAUUAACCAAUGUACUGUAAUAAUAAUUUGGCUUUCAAAUGGGGUUUUGCGCUUCUUCUGUGUUUCAUCGUUUUCCAUGACGACUGCCAUUUCUGUGCAGACUUUUUGGCUGUUGAUGUUCAAAACUGUAUAACAUACAUGUAAUUACUUUAUUGAUUUCAUCUAUGGCUUGUGUAC